CAUUAAGUCAAAAAUAUCAAAUAUUGAUCUCUAUGAUAUUGGUUCUUAUAAUUCUGAAAGUUCUGAUUAUAAUAGCACUAAUGCUUUAACAUCUCAAAUAUCUAAAAGUAUAGAAAGUAAUAGAAAGUUGACUGUGUAG